GUCUGCUACUUGGAAGCAUUGCUUGUGUGAUCAACAUACAUAACCUAGAAUAAAGUUUUUUGAAAACACAAAACAGUGCGGUUUUAAUGAAAACUAUCUAUGCCUAAAUCUAUUAAAAAAAAAAUAAAUUAUAAUGCAGUACGCGGAUGAAGGAGAAAGACUAAAAGAUCAAUCAAGGUGUGGUGCACUUCGGGCUCAAUUGAAAAUGUGUCUACUUAAUACUGAUUGCUGCAAAGUCGAGAAAAAGACACCUAGAGAAUGUUUACUUACACACCAUAAAUCAGUUCCUGACGAAUGUUAUCAAUUAAAAAUGAGCUUUUUUGAAUGCAAACGAUCUCUAAUAGAUGCCAGAAGGAGGUUCCGGGGUCCUAAAGCUACUUGACUAUUAAAUUUGUUUAAGUGAACAUAAGAAGCAAUAGUAUUUGUAUGAUAUUUGAAAAUGACUGUUAUCCAAUUGAUUGUUAUUAUA